ACAAUCGAAUAAUAAUCACCUUUGAAUUUUUGAAUUUUUAUAGGUUCCUAGUUCCUACCUAUAAUAGUUCUAUGUACCUAUUAUUUGUAUUAUUGGGCGACAGCGACUAAAUAAUAUAAUUUAUAAUGUUCUCAACUUCUCGUUCAUUUCUACAUAGUUUACAUUUCACGUAUAAUAUUAUUCGGUAUAUACUGUAGAAAAAUUGAAUGAUAUUAAUAAAUUAUACUUAAAAAAGUUUCAUAUAUUUACUUUAAAUAAAAGUACAGGUGAUAUUUUUUUACUGUCUUUAAAAUGACUUUUACAACUGAUAAAAUGUAUGAUGGAUUAAUCGUUGGUCUACUGAUUGGUCUGGCUCUUAAUGCGAUCAUUAAUUAUGCUUUUAAAACUAAAUGUACAAGUCAAGAUGCAGAAAGUGUGGGUAAAAGUCAUCAACAAGAACCCAAAUCGAAACCAAAUAUUAAAGGAGAAUUCAAAAUGGCAUUAUUGGUUCGUCACGAUUUGAAAAUGGGCAAAGGCAAAGUUGCAGCACAAUGCUCACAUGCAAUUGUGCACUGUUAUGAAGAAGGCUUGAGAUUAAAACCAAGCGAAAUAAAUAACUGGGAAUCAAACAAUAAACCAGUGAAUAUAUUCAAGGUAGCAGAUGAAGAAACUAUGUUAGAAUUCCAGCAAUUGGCCAUUGAAAAAGGAUUCUCUACCUAUGUAGUAGUAGAUGCAGGCCGUACACAGGUCGCACCAAGCUCUAAAACAGUGAUGGCAAUAGGGCCUGUUGAAAGUGAAGAAAUUGAUUUAUUCACUCAAAGCCUCGAAGUUGUGCAGUUGUAUCAGUUAUUGCGUACAAUAAAACUAAAUUGCGCAAUUUACCCUCUAAAUGUGCUAGAGUUGUUUUACGUGCACCAGAUUUAAAAACAUUAGAGUGUAUUCAAAAGCAAUGCAAGUUAUUUGACAUUCCAACAGCAACUUUUACUGAAAACGAUCAAAUUACAGUUUUAGCGAUUGGUCCAGCUAAUGAAACUUCUAUAAAUGCACAAGUACACAGUUUAAAAUUAUACUAAUAUUAUUUAGUAUUUACUAUUAAAAUUUGAAUGGUAAUAUUUUUA